AUGACCAUCUCUACUCAAAAUCAGGCUAAGAAGAGAAAAACGUCAAAGAGCAAGGCUGCCAAACCAUAUUGGAAUGAAAAUGCAGCUCAUUUUUCCCAGCAAUGGGGCCUGAAUACGAUGCUACCAACGGCGGCUAAAAAACUUGGCCAGAAGAUCAACUCUGACUCGUGGUUUUCUGUGAUCAAACAUCCACAGGCGCCAAUUAUCAACGACUCAUUGAACUUGCCGCUUAGCAGUGGUGUUGAAGAGGAGCUAAUUCGGGCUCGAAAGAUUCGGAUCUAUCCGACUAAUUCCCAGAAAGAAACGUUGAAGAAGUGGUUUGGAUGCCAUCGUUACAUCUACAAUAAAGCGCUGAAGAUGCACAAGGACGGGGUGUUGAUGAAUAUUAAAAUUCUGCGUGAAAAACUAUUGAAUAAGAAGACAAGCGCUUUAACACCAGAGGAACAAUGGCUUUCCGAGUAUAAUUAUGAUUUGAAAGAUGAAGCCCUUCGUGACUUGGUUAAAAACUACAGUAGUAAUAUGGCAAAGUUUAAAAAGACUAGGGUCCCUUUUAAGUUAAGGUUUAAAACGAAAAAGGCACCAGUUCAAACGCUUUCAGUGCUGAAAAAGUACUGGAACAAGGGAAAGAAGACAUUUUACAGCGACAUAUACUCGUCCUUUAGCCUGCGUGGUGCAGAGCCGCUCCCAGAGGAAUUGCCACGAGAUUCUAGGCUCCAAAGGACGAGGAACAACAAAUAUUACCUAAUUGUUCCUAUGGCUGGCGGGGAAAUAGCUCGAAAACCCCCCACAGAAAAGUUUAUAUUUAUCGAUCCCGGGGUGAGAACUUUCCUAACAGGAUAUGACUCUAGUCAGACUGUCGUCGAGAUCGGCAAGGACGCGAUUGUACGCAUCGAGAAGCUUAAGCGCCGACGACGGCAGUUGCAGUCAAAACUUGCCAAGCUCAGGAAGCACAAGAAGAGGCAAAACCAUCGGAAAGCGUUACAUAGGCUGGACGAAAAGAUUUCGCAUAUCGUUCAGGAUUUGCAUAAGAAGUCAGCCCUCUUCUUGUGCAAGUCUUAUGACAGUAUUUUUCUUCCCAAAUUAAACUUUCACCACUGCACCAAGCUGAACCGAAAAUCAAGGUCCAGCAUGGCGACUCUCGCUCACUGCUCCUUCCACGAUCGCUUGACGAUGAAGGCAGAGCAGUUCCAUGAUGCUAGUGUUCAUGAGGUUGAAGAGGAUUACACGUCGAAGACUUGCUCCACUUGUGGAAAGAUAAAAAAUGAUCUAAGAUCUAAUAAAAUAUAUAGCUGUUUAGGUUGCUUCUCGGUUUUCGACAGGGACUUCAACGCAGCAAAGAACAUCAUGCUCAAGUAUAUCUGUGAGCAUUUGAUGGCAAGUGGUGGAUCUUCCAUUUCUUCUAGUUUAAGUGGAGGAAAUGGUCGACUCGCCAUGAUGGGUCCCGGACCCUUCGUACGUAAGUACGUUGUAAGUCCCUCGGAGAUUUAA